AAUUGCAUGUAUUAAUCAUCACCUCUACUAGCUAGCUAUAGCUCUAGUUCUACUCUAAUUGCGCAGUCGAUCGAACGUACACUGCCAAUCAAAUCAACUGCGAGCUUGCAAUGGAGAGAGGAGCGAGCUUUGCAGUGGUGAUGGCGGCCAUGGCGGUGGUUCUGGCCACCACAUCGACGGCGCAGGCCCAGACCACGGCGACCGACAUCGUCAACAUCCACAACGCCGCCCGGAGCGCCGUCGGCGUCCCGGCGCUGUCGUGGGACGACAACCUGGCGGCGUACGCGCAGGGCUACGCGAACCAGCGCGCCGGCGACUGCGCGCUGCGGCACUCCGAUCGCAACAACUAUCAGUACGGCGAGAACCUGUCGUGGAACCCCUCCGUGCAGGCGUGGACGGCGGCGAGCUCCGUCGACCAGUGGGUGGCGGAGAAGGGCUCCUACGACUACGCCAGCAACAGCUGCGUCGGCGGCGCCAUGUGCGGCCACUACACGCAGGUCGUGUGGCGCGACACCACCGCCGUCGGAUGCGCCGCCGUCGCCUGCAACGCCAACCGAGGCGUCUUCUUCAUCUGCACCUACUUCCCCGCCGGCAACGUCCAAAACCAGAGGCCGUACUAGCUACCGUAUACGUAUACGUACGUAACGUAUUACGUAUAUGCUAUGGUAUAUAUAUUUUGCUACUAUACUUAUAUAUUGUUUGUACGUAAUCGAUCUAUAGAUAUAUAUGCGCAUAUAUGUGCGAACUAUAUUAUAUAUGUAUGUUCGUAUGUAUGUAUGCAUAUCUGCAUGCGUAUAUAAGUGUGUGUCGGAUGGAAUAAGUACAUCAUGAUGCAAGCGUAUUGAGUAUAUCUAUACAGAUACAAAUAUAUGUAUCCGGUGUGUAUUUUUAUUACAAAUUACUCCCACCGUCUCUAAAUAUUUGAUGCCGUUGACUUUUUUUAAACAUUUUUAACCGUUCAUCUUAUUAAAAAAAUCAAGUAAUUGUUAAUUCUUUUCCUAUCAUUUGAUUCAUUACUAAAUAUACUUUUAUGUAUACAUAUAGUUUUACAUAUUUCACAAAAGUUUUUGAAUAAAACGAAUGGUUAAACAUGUUUAAAAAAAUUAAUAGCGUCAAAUAUUUAGGAACGGAGGGAGUACUAAAUAAAGGGGUGUUUGAUUUUCAUCACCUAAGGUUACUGCA